UCCCGGCUUCGUCUCGAGAUUUAAAUUGACCAUGUAGUAGCUCCGCUACACGCUAUUCCACUCGCACUUUAGCUAAAUAACGUUAGAGUAAGAAAGACAAAAAACUAGUUUUCCCACUCCAACACUACCCUGUACGGUAGGUCCACUCCGCCGCUCGCCUGGACCGUCAUUAUUUUUCCUGCGCGCGUGCGCUACGCACUUGGCUAUAAAAAUACUUCAAUAGUGAUUUAAAUAAAAUGUCGAAACGGUCACAUCAAGAAACCAAUGAAGACCGUUGGAGAAGAAAAAUAAAGGACUAUGAAGCUAAACUGGCGGCGACAACAAAACGAAGACGUCGUGUAAUCUACUCCAGUUCGAGUGACGACGAGGCGAUAGAUGUACAACCAGAAGAACAUCUCAAUAACGACGUCGUCCAGACGGAGCUGUACACGGAUGAACAUGAUGUGGUUGCAGAACCUGGCACCGAGUUGGCUACACAAGAAGAGGAAAUGAAUGACCCAUCAUCAUCAUCAGCCGUCCCGGUACCAGAUGACCCGGUUGUAGACCCUGAUUUGCUUCUUGCACUUGGGGAUUCCGUCACAGAUACCCCUGAGUGGGGAGACGAUAUUUUGCAAGAUAUAUCUCAGCGAUGGGAGCCCAUUUUUAAAACGGGUCUUGCAAAGGAGAUCAAAGAAGACCUUUUAAAGAAAUAUCUUUUUCCUAAAAACGUUCCCCUGUCAAAGCCUCCAGUGCUAAACCCCGAGGUGUCUGCCAUGCUAACCGAAGCGUGCCGGAGCAGAGAUGCCCGCGUUUCCUCCAAGCAGAAUCAAAUAGGUCGCGCUAUCGCAGCCUUAGAAAAAGCUAUGUCCGGCAUACUGACAAAGUCUAUGAAGGGAUCGGAGGUUGUUAAAAUACUUAACGACGCCGGUAAACUUCUCGCAGACUCUCACUUCUUAGAGACAGACACACGGCGGUCUCUAAUUAUGCCGUUAUUAGAUAAAUCAUAUGUCGUCUUGUUCAAAGAGCGGCAACGCAAUACUUUCCUUUUCGGAGAGAACUUGGAAUUCAUAAAGUCAUCAAGAGGAAUAAAGAAGACAGGAGAGUUGAUCGCGCCUACGGCGCCCUCUACGACAACCACAAAUUUAAACUGGACGGGCCCGCCGCGCCAGCAACGCGUCAACCGACCGCCAGUACAACGCGGCGGCGGGCAGCGAGCACCGAGGGCGGCCCCGCCGCCACCGCCGCGGCCGCGCCGAGCGCCGGCCCCUCCCCCGCCCGCCCCGCGCCGAGCGCCGCCCGCACCCAGCCGACGGCCGGCGCCGCGGUCCAGGCCGCGCAAAUUCAUCCCUUACACCACCAGCUUUCCCUGGCUGUGA